AUGUUUCUAAGUUAUAAAUUACCUUCCUCAUCCUCUUCUUCCUCUUCUGCUUCCGUCUCUACCUCAACCUCCUCCAGAAUAACUAACAUACCUUCUAAUAAGGACCAAGAUCACAACAAUUCAAUAAAAAUUAAUCUCGAAAACAACAGAAUAACAAAGCGAUUUACAAAUAGUCAGGCAAACAAAGUAUCCUUCUCUGUUGGAUCAAGUUCAAGAAACCCCUUUGCUUGUGAAAGAUGCAAAAAAUUAAAGAUUAAAUGUGUCCCAGUUGAUAAAGAUCAACCAUUUGGAGAUUGCAAAAAAUGCAAAGAACUAAAAAAACACUGCAAAAUAGAUUUUUCAAAAAGAAAAAGAUUCCAAAAAAAAUUUAAAAAAUUUGAAAAUAUCAUCUUUACUGAUCAAGAUAAACUUUCAUCCUGUUUAAAUUCAACAACAUUUUCAGCAUCACCGGCAUCCUUUAAUUCUUCCAAAUCUCCUCUACUAUCUAGUAAUACUCACUUUGAAACAAAAGAUGCUCAAGUUUUUAAAGAAAAACUGCAAGUUCCGGCAGAAACAUCAUUUCAAAAUCAGCUACAAAACCAACCUUUAAAUGCUCAAUUAAAUCAGCUCAAUAUUGUGUCUGAUAUUUUUCAAAAAAAAACAAUUACAAUGGACUUUCUUCAUGAAACUGAUACUUUAAUUAAUGAAAAUUCAACAAUGGCUCUGGACUUUCAACUUUCUGGUUCAACUUCCAAUAAAAUUGAUCUGUACUAUCAUAGGAAUCACGAAAUUUUGGAUGAAUUUAAUGGCUUAUCAAAUAGGUAUAAAUUCAGUGAAAACCCCUUUAUUCUUGUGAAUGAUCUAACAAUUAAAAACGACUUGGUAUCAUCAAAUAUUAUAUCAUUGGAUGAAGCUAUAGCAAGAUUGGAUUAUUUCAAGAAUGUCAACUCUAAAAAUCACUUAUCACAUUCAAAUUCUAUAAUUUCCAUACCACAAAUUACAAUAAAGGAAUUUAGAGAACAUUAUCCAAUACUUUUCCUAACCAUCAUGUCAAUAACUUCAAAACUAAUUUUAAAUAGAAGGUUUCAAAAAAACAAAAAAUCCAUCAAUUUAAAUAAACCUAUCAUUGAAAAACAAUUUUUAAUUCAGUUAUACCAUUAUUCUCAUAUAACUCAAGAAGUUCUAUCCAAAGGUCGAAAGACACUUGAAUUAUUAAAAUCUUUACUUUUAACAGUAAACUGGUUCAAUGACUCUGAUUUAUAUUCUCGAGUGAAAACUCAUUUCUUUUUAAAUUUAUUAAACUCAAUGGUAUUAGAUUUAGGUUUGGAUAAAGAUAAAAAUGUUGGACCUAAAUUACAUUUACACAAUUGUUCAAAUUAUUUGAAAACAAUGGUAAUAUUGAACCAAGUAGAAACUGAUGAAUGCAGAAAAAUUUUAGUCCACGCUUAUAUAUAUUCAUUUAGUUAUUCAAUGUUUUCUCAAAGACCCAAUUUAUUGUCUUGGUCAAAUUAUAUAAAUCAAACUUGCCAAUUCUUACAGAAUUCAUCUGAAGAUUUAAAUAUUAAUUUGGGUUCCUUAUGUUCAAUUGUUCAUUUAGUUGAACUUUGUCUUUUCAAAUUAUAUCCUAAUAAAAAUUACAAUGACUCAACUAGUCGAGCUAAGGGAAUACAUUGCAAUGUUGAUAUUGAUAUUGAUAUCGAUGAUUACGAUUAUUAUUUAACACGGAAAUCUGAAUUGACAACCUCAUAUAAUAAUACUUUUCUGAAUAACAUUAGCAAAAAUAAAGAAAUUUUAAUGCAUUUUCUAAAAAAAAUCGAUCGAAUCUCUGAAUUUAAUCACAAUCAAACUUUUGAGUUUCAAAAUACCUAUUACGUUUGUUUAUUAUUUUUGUAUGAAAAUUGUAUUCUUAAUCCUGUCAUUACUAUAAAAAGAAGUUAUCAGCUUGGUUUAAAAAAUUUGGCAAGACGUAAAAAAAUAAGCCCAUUUAUUAUUAAAGUAUUGGAAAAUUGUCAUGGAUAUACCACUUUAAUAAUACAUUCAUUUCUCAAGUUAGAUUCUACUAGUUUAAUGAUAUUGCCACUUAUGUGUUUUCCUCAAUUAAUUUAUGCUGUUGGAUUCUAUUUAAAAUUGCACUUAAUUGGGGUCUUUUUACCUAAUAAUAUUAAACCAAAAUUUUGCAAAAUGCAUAAUAAUGCUAAUCUGGACGUUAAAACCUAUUGUGUCAAUAUUGUUCAAAGAUUGAUUCGAAAAUUUUCAGAUAACAUUAAAAAAUUUACAUUUCCGAGUUUUUUAAUAAAAUUUAAUUAUAUAUUAUGUUUGUUAUUAAAACAUUAUAGAAUUUCUCUAAAUAAUAAACCAGAAGAUUUUAAUGAUCACUUGAUAAAAAAUAUUUUACCGGAUACACCAAAACAAACGAAUUCAGCAAAUGAUAAUAAUAAUAAUAAUAAUAAAGAAGCCAAUAAUUCUCGAAAUUAUAAAAGCCAAAAACCUGAAAAUUUUAUAGCAAAAGACGUCAUUCCAAAACAAAACACCAAUAUAUCAAAUAAUAUUUCAGAUCAAAGCUUUGUCAUUGUUGAUAAAAAUGUAAGAAGCGCAGUUCAUGCUCCCUAUCAGGAUCCUAAUCUGAGCAUUAUAAUUUCCGGGUUGAACCAAAACAUAAAUCAACAUGAUAGUUUGAAUUCAAACAAAAAGCUGAAUGUAAAUUUGAAUGAAAAUGCAAUUCAAAGUGCCAAUCAAGGUGUUAAUCAAACUAUGAACCAAAAUAUAAACGCGAAUAUAAAUGAGGAUAUUGAUCAGAAUAUGAAUGAAAUUAUUCAUACCAACAUUAGUCAAAGCAUGGACCAAAACACCAAUCAAAACAUAAAUCAAUUUAUAAAUCAAAACAUGAAUCAAAAUGUUCAAAGUAUAAAUCAAAUUUUUGAUCAAGAUCAUCAAGAUUUCCAUCAAAAUCAAAAUAAUCAAAAUAAUGAACAUAUUGAUAUAAAUUUUAAUAAUAAUUUUAGUAUUGAUUUAAAUACUGAUUUAAAUACUGAUCUUGAUAACAAUUUUAAUGUUAAUUUUGAUACUGACUUUGGUAACAAUUUCAAUAAUAAUUUCAAUACUGAUUUUAGCUCUAAUGUCAAUCAAGACUUUCGUCAAAUUUUUAAUCAAAAUAUCAAUGAGAACAUCAGUGAAAACUUCAAUCAAUAUAAUAUUCAAAACCAAAACCAAAACCAAAACCAGAACCAUAAUAAUUAUGAUAAUUAUAACUUUAUAAGUUUUGAUGAACUAAGUAAUUAUGGUAUAUUUAAAGAUUACUAUUUUGGAUUAUAA